GAAUCGAAAUCUGGGCGAGAGGUUGAACUUGAAAAACCAAGAAGAAGGACAGGAAAUGGCGGCGAUUGCCAGUAGAUCGUCGAACCCAGCGACAUAUUUGACGGAGGCUAAACACCACUUUCAGCGGAGUCCAAGGCUGAAGGAAGUUGCGGCCCACAGGCAGAAGGCGCAUUCGGUAGCGUGGAAUAAAGAUGGCCGUCGCCUGGCCUCCGGCUCUAUGGACUACACCGUAGCGGUGUUCAGCUGUGACCGGGACUCAUGUGGCGUGAGUCGUGAUGCUCUCUACCGCGACCAUUCGGACAUCGUGAAUCAGGUCUGCUGGAAUCCACAGCACCCGGAUCAACUCGUUUCUGCCUCCGAGGACAAGUCCAUUCGUCUGUGGGAUGCCCGCGCUAAUAGAUGUAUGCAUUUGAUCAAGACAUCCGGUGAAAACAUUAACUUAACUUGGAGCCCAGACGGACAGACAAUAGCUGUUGGAAACAAGGAUGACUUGAUUGUUUUCAUCGACCCACGCACGUACAAGGCGAGAGCUGAAGAGCAGUUCAAAUUCGAGGUAAAUGAGAUAACCUGGAAUAACGACAAUGAUUUGUUCUUCUUGACUAAUGGACAUGGCAGUAUUUCUAUUCUAAGUUAUCCUGAACUCAAAGUACAGCACACGCUGAAUGCACAUCCGGCUAAUUGUAUCUCCAUCAAGAUGGACCCGACAAAUAAAUAUUUUGCAACUGGUAGCGCCGAUGCUUUGGCCACUCUGUGGGACCUGGAUGAGCUCGUGUGCGUGCGGACAUUCUCAAGACUCGACUGGCCUGUCCGAUCGCUUAGCUUCAGUCACGACGGACAAAUGCUGGCUUCGGCAUCUGAAGACCUCUUCAUUGACAUUUCAAUGGUGGAGACAGGCGAAGCAGUGUGUCAGGUGACCUGCAAUGCCCCUACUUUCUCUGUAGCAUGGCACCCCUCCAAGCACUUACUGGCCUUUGCGUGUGAUGAUAAGGAUAAGCACGAGCGUGAUUCUGGCAGCAUCCGUCUCUUCGGCAUUCCCUCCUCAUCCUCAUAGCACACCUAGUAUCUGAGUGCUGCGAGUAGUACUUUGACUCUUCACGCUAGUAACAUAACUACUUUCACUCUGUGUAGAGCUGGUGUCGUGGUUACCUUGUUACCUUGACGGCGGCAUGGCUGUGGUUCACCCAUGCCGGGCACGGCCACUACGAGUGAAGGGGACGUGCCGAAGCCUGUCGUAGGGGCGACGUGCGCGUGGCGUGCCCGUGAGAGUGAAUGGAUUCACCGUGAUCUUGAUGCUGGUGGUCGCGCUGGCACAUAGACUCUCCCAUGCUACUCACUCUCUCUCUCUCUCUCUCUCUUCGGGUACUGUGUUAUUAUCUAGAAGAUCCGUUCAUGUUCGGGCUGUAAUGGAGGAUGGCGGUGCAAUAUUUGUGCAACACCGGUUUGCACUAUGGCCUGGUCUAGGCGGGUACUCGGGUGCCCCGCAUUACAUUUAAGUUGUGCGGAUUCUCUGCAAUACCGUAUUCCCGGCUCACCACCGCUAACAUUGACUGGCACCAUGCCCCGACCGUCCGGUGCUCUUCUAAUUAUAUCCGUCUGGUGUUCUUUUUCUAGUUUUCUCAAGGCGUGCUUAGGGCGCUCUUGGCAUCAACCGCUUGUUUGUUUAUGCUUUUAUGUUUGCUGCUGCUGCUGCGGUGUGUAUGUGUGUGUGGGGGGGGGGGGGGUGCGUGUGUGUAUCUGUCUGUGUGUUUGUGUUUGUGUUGGUGUGGUGUGUGUGUGUCUGUGUGCGUGCGUGUGUGCGUCUGUCUGUGUGUUUGUGUUUGCUUGGUAGGCCAGGCUAGGCUAGGCAUUCACCGGCCAAGCAGCAGCCAAUGCUGAUUGUUGCCUACGUGGAUUUUACUCUUUUACGUUUGUCUCCAGCUUUGCUGUCUGUGUGCGCCGCAGUAUGGUGCUAUCGGUACAGUAUUAGCGUGGGUUUUGUCUGUGAGGUGUUUGUGUUGAUUUUCAGAGACUUCGCUUGAAUUUUACCUUCUUUUUUUUGUUUA